AUGGGUACCCCAGGGAUGGGUGGUCUUGACUGGCAGCAGCAGCAGCAGCAACAGCACCAACAACAGCAGCAGCAGAUGCAGAUGCAAAUGGGAUACGGGUGGGGCCCCACAGGGGCCCCCUUCGCUCCGCCCGUGCAUCAGCACCCGCAACUGAGGGCCCCCGAGGGUUUCUACAGUGCCCAAGGGCCAACAGUGAGGGUGAAGCGGGGGCCCCCCGAGGGGCCCCAAGGCAGCCCGUACGCACCACAGGGGUCCCCGCAUGGGUACGGCACUCAGGGGCCCCCGAACUAUUACCCACAGGGGCCCCCUGGUGCGGGUUGGCAGCAACAGCAACCACCCCCGCCGCAGCAGCAGCAACAGUACGGACCCAACAUGUGGGUCCCCCCCGGGAGAGGUGAGGGGUUUCUCUCCGCUGGAUGGCAGCAGUCGGCGCCCUACGGGGGCCCCCGGCCCCCGGGAGAGCACCCACACCACGCGCAGCAACCACCGCCGCAGCUGCAGCAAGCGCAGCAGCCGCGAGCAAUAGAAUCCCCAGGGGCCGCGGGGGUCCCUCCUCCCCCUGGUGAGAGCCCCGGUUCGGGGGGCCCCCUGGGCUCAUCCAGCCAAGGCUCCCCGCACCCAGCUGAAGUUGCUUCGGGGGCCCCAGGUCCUGGGGGCCCCCCUCCUCGCGCCUGCAAGGAGUUUUUGAUGGGGGGCCGGUGCUCGCGGGGCCCCGCCUGCCUCGAUCUGCAUAUUCCCCCGCAGGCAUACCACAAGUUCAACCCGCACACGCUGCUGCUGCUGGGGGCCUUCAUGUCGGAGGCCCCCGAGCUGCGUCGGCAGUUUGCUGCGGAUGGGGGAAUCAAGCAGCAGCAGCAGCAACAGCAGCAGCAGCAGCAAGAGCAGCAGAGGAUAUUCGAUCAGCAACAGCAACAAACACGAGAUAUGCAGAGGCAUCCGAUGCUUGCCGGGGGCCCUCCCCAGUCUGGGUUAAGGGGAGGAGUGGUGGGGGCCCCCCCUCCCAACCCUCCAAUGGGGCCCCCUGGUGCCCAUCCUGUAUAUGGGGGCCCCCCUUUCGUGUCUCCCCACCGGCCUGCAGCUGCUCCUAUGGUUCGCAGCUACCCAGCUGUACAGGGAGAUGGGGGCCGAGACAUGCAGCAGUACACACCAGUAUAUGGGGCCCCGAUGCAAGAAGGGGGGGGCUCCCCGUUCAGGCCCCCACCCGCUUCUUGGGCCCCCCCCUCCCCCCUUCCGGCAUCAAGGCAUGGCGCCACCGGGGGCCCCUGUCGGUCCUGGGGCCCCUGGGGGUGCAGUGACCCCUGCUACGCUUAA